AUCAAAAUGGCUGCCCCCAUGGUGAAAAGUUGGCGCAAGACUUCGUAAACUAUUAAAAGCAUCUAUUUCAUACAUUUAAACCUACCAUGAGGAGCAAGAAAAAGUCAGUGACGGGAGGCUUCGAUGGAGGAGGGUAUAUCUCAGACAAGCGGCUUGUAGCGAGAGUUCACGAGUACCUAGAUAAUCUGCCUAGAGGACAACAUGUGGAUGUCUCCACCAUGGCGGAACAACUGCAGGCCAGAUACAGUGAAUAUGGCAGAAGGAAGAAAAAUGCCUUCAGAGCAUCUGUACACAAAGUCUACGACAUGAUCAAACAGAAGCAGAAUCUCAGCCAUAGAGAGGAAGGUCCAGAGACAGCGUCAGAGAAAAAGACAGAAGACAUUGAUGACCUUUCAUCAGAUCCAGAGAGUGAACAGUCAGACGACAGCAGCAGUGGCAGCUUCUCCUUGGACAAUGAAGAUUACGAAAGUUACAAAGACACCAAUAUGAUGAACAGUUCCAUGCUAGACUUGUACAGAAAAGGAUCCACUAACACCCCUGGGGGCACCUCAGUGAAUAGUGCCCCUGCCGGCACCCCAGUAAACCCUUCAUCAGCCUCACAAGACGCCACCCCAGCCCAGACCUGGUUUGUAGACAGAACUCCCAGUUCACUUGAACAAGCAAGUGAUAAACCUGGUGUAUCCACUGCAAAUGAGAUAGAUGAUAAACACAGCAAAGAUACCAGCAAAGAUGUUUCUAAAAAUGAUGUAGACAGGAAGAAAGAAUCUACAACAUGGAAAUAUGAGGAGAAGAAGGCAGAAAAAACUAUUCAAGAGGAGGCAACACCAAAGAGGAAACUUAAGAGAAAAGCAGAAGAGGAAACUGAUGGAGUUGGGAAUUCACCUGCGCCACCCUGAGGUGUACCAGACGUUAGGAGUCACCCCACCCCGGGGGUUCCUGCUGCACGGACCACCGGGCUGUGGCAAGACUCUGCUGGCUAAUGCAAUAGCUGGGGAGCUGGAACUACCCCUGCUGAAGAUUGCUGCUACAGAGAUUGUAUCUGGAGUGUCUGGAGAGUCUGAGGAGAAAGUCAGGGACUUGUUUGAGAAAGCAGUGGCCUGUGCCCCCUGUAUCCUGUUCAUUGAUGAGAUAGAUGCCAUCACACCUAAGAGGGAGACAGCCCAGCGGGAGAUGGAACGGAGGAUCGUGGCUCAGCUUCUCACCUGCAUGGAUGAUCUGAGUGCCAACAUCAGUGCCCAUGUGCUGGUGAUCGGAGCCACCAACAGACCUGACUUCCUGGACCCAGCUCUGCGGAGGGCAGGCAGGUUUGACAGGGAAAUCUCCAUGGGCAUUCCUGAUGAAAGGGCACGGGCGGGUAUUCUGCAGGUGCUGUGCCAGAAACUACGGCUGUCUGAUGGCUUCAGCUACCGCCAGCUGGCACACCUGACACCUGGCUAUGUGGGGGCUGACCUGAGUGCCCUGUGCAGGGAGGCAGCCAUGACAGCUAUCAACAGAAUUCUUACUGAGCGUGAAGAAGAAUCAAGAAGAAACAGUGAGGUCACUGUUACAGAUGCAGAUGUUAGUGUGGCACCUGAUUCAGGUACUUUAUCCAUGGAAUCCCCUGGCUCAAGGAUAUCAGUCCUGAGCUGGUUGAAGGAUCAGCCUCCACUGACACAGGAGCAGCUGCAGAAUCUCAGUAUCCAGAUGGAAGACUUCCAGGUGGCACUUACCACAAUGCAGCCCUCUGCUAAACGAGAAGGGUUUGCUACCAUCCCUGAUGUGACCUGGGAUGAUAUCGGGGCCCUGCAGGACAUCAGGGAGGAAUUGACUAUGGCCAUACUUGCACCAGUGAAGCACAGAGAAAAGUUUGAGUCCCUUGGGCUGGUGAACCCCCCAGGGGUGCUGCUAGCUGGGCCCCCAGGGUGUGGGAAAACCCUCCUGGCCAAGGCCAUUGCUAAUGAGUCAGGAGUCAACUUCAUCUCUGUCAAGGGCCCAGAACUCCUCAACAUGUACGUAGGUGAGAGUGAGAGGGCUGUGAGGCAGGUGUUCCAGAGAGCCCGAAACUCGGCACCUUGUGUCAUCUUCUUUGAUGAGCUGGAUGCCUUGUGUCCCAGGAGGUCCUCUGCUGGGGAGUCCAGUGGUGCAGUCAGAGUUGUCAACCAGCUGCUGACGGAGAUGGACGGACUGGAGGCUCGUAAACAGGUCUUUAUCAUGGGCGCCACCAACAGGCCAGAUAUUAUAGACCCCGCAGUGCUGCGGCCUGGAAGGAUGGACAAGCUCCUGUUUGUUGGGCUGCCCAGUGAAGUAGACAGGGAAGCUAUUCUUAACACCAUCACAAAGCAUGGCACCAAACCUCCCAUUGACGAGGAUGUCUGCCUGGCAUCUAUAGCGAGAAAUGCUCAGUGUAAUAACUUCACUGGUGCAGACCUGGCAGCUCUGGUGCGUGAGGCUGCCAUGAGCGCAUUACGGGAGUCUGUGGUGCAUCCUGGGACAGCGUCUGGCACAGACUUCAUCUCACCUGGCCAAAUCCGAAUCAACCUACAACACUUCAACAAGGCAUUCCAGAAAGUCAGGCCUUCUGUUUCAGAAAAGGACCGAGCCAUGUAUGAGAAGAUGUGGGAGAGAAUCAGACAGAUGGUCUAGGGGAACUACACAAAUAAAGAUAAAUUGUCAAAAUUAAUAGAGAAUAAAUAACAGCUAAAUGUAGAUUAACAUUUCCUGUAAUGCAGCUAUUGUGACUCAUAUGGUAUUGGGGGGAAUAUACAAUGUACCAUAAAUACUCAUGAUACUUUAAUUGCUGUGGUAUUUGCAGUUACAUGUACCUCUCAUGCAUUUACAUGUAAUAAAAACACCAUACCCUACUACUGUAGACUGAAAUAACUAACUUUGCAGUAACAGCCAUGUACCCUUGCCAUAUUGAUGUUAGCUAGUGAAAAAAACUUUCAUUUGGGUUGUGCGACAUUUUACAGCUGAAACAAGACAACUACCAGUAUUCUAAAAUAUAAUCAUGUGAAUAUGUCUAUAUUAUUUUGUGUGAAGUCUCUUAUAACAAGUGCUUCAGUUCACAUCUGACUUACAAAUGUUUCCUAUAUUUACAAGGGUUAUAUUGUAUUUACAAGGUAAUAUCACCUGAUUACAUCAUGCAUCUUGAGGCUAUCUAAGAUGUACAUGAAAAUAGAGUAAGUACCAUAUAUACAUGUAGUAGCCCUAGUAAUUACAACCAUACUUCAUGCAUAGUUUUCC